AUGCUUUUACAAAGCGUCUUCGCCCUUGGCCUUGCCAGCGUUUUGCGUGCUGCGCCUUGCGAUAUCUACAGUGCAGGGGGUACGCCCUGUAUCGAUGCGCAUAGUUCUACUCGAGCUUUGUUUGACAAAUACAACGGUGCUCUCUACCAGAUCAAACGUGCCUCGGAUGGAACUACCCGUGAUUAUCGUGGAACUACCUGCCUUAUAACCUUUAUCUACGACCAGACCGGCCGAGGUAAUCACCUCGGUCAAGCUAAAGGUGGUUAUUGGAGCGGUCCUGAUGUUAAUGGUUGGGACAAUAUGGCUGCGGCAGACGGCGCGCCAGUCACCCUCAAUGGCAAGAAAGCAUAUGGCGUCUUUGUUUCGCCUGGCACGGGUUAUCGAAACAAUGAUGUCAGCGGAUCAGCAACAGGUGAUGAGCCUGAAGGCAUCUAUGCCGUGUUUGAUGGUACUCACUAUAAUGGCGGCUGCUGUUUUGAUUAUGGAAAUGCCGAAACCAGCAGUUCAGAUACUGGUGCUGCUCAUAUGGAAGCUAUUUACUUCGGCGACGUCAACGGUUGGGGGACAGGGGCUGGUGAUGGUCCCUGGGUUAUGGCUGAUCUUGAGAAUGGUCUCUUUUCCAGAAAGAGUUCCGGUAACAAUCCUGGGGAUCCAACAGUUAAUCACCGGUUCUUGACUGCUAUUGUCAAGGGAGAGCCAGGAACGUGGGCUAUUCGUGGUGGUGACGCCACAUCUGGUGGACUAUCUACCUUUUACGACGGAGAUCGUCCCGAUGGCUACAACCCAAUGCAUAAAGAGGGUGCCCUCCUUCUUGGAAAUGGAGGCGAUAACAGCAACACAGGCCAAGGCACCUUUUAUGAAGGCUGCGUUACUAGUGGUUACCCCUCAGAUGAUACCGAGAGUUCGGUGCAGGCUGAUAUUGUUGCGGCUGGGUAUGCUGUCACUUCAUUAACAAGUGGCCCCUCUCUUGACAUUGGGUCCUCUGUUUCCCUCCACGUUACGACCCCAGGCUACACCAACCGAUACCUCGUGCAUAGUGGGUCAGACGUUAUUACUCAGGUCGUUAGUAGCUCGAGUAGUGCUUCUGAUAGGGGUGCGUCCACCUGGACUGUGCGGACUGGAUUGGCCAAUAGCGAUUGUGUGUCAUUUGAAUCAAACGACACUGCCGGAAGCUUUAUCAGACACUCUGGCUUUGUUUUAUAUGUUAACAGCAAUGAUGGAUCUAAGCAGUUUAGCGAAGAUGCUACCUUCUGUCCUAUCAAGGGCCUUAACGGCCAGGGUAACUCAAUGCGCUCUUGGAGCUAUCCUACCAGGUACUUCAGACACUAUGGCAAUAAGGGCUACGCCGCCUCUGAUGGUGGUGUCCAUGACUUCGACAACAGCAACAGCUUCACGAACGAUGUUAGCUUUAUUGUUGAAGAUGGUCUCGCCUAG